AUGCUGUGUACAUUGGGAUACACACAGGGAAUGUCAGACAUACUGGCCCCCAUCCUUGCUGAAGUUCGCAACGAGGCAGACGUUUUCUGGUGCUUCACGGGACUCAUGAGCAAAACCAUUUUUGUGACAUCACCAAAGGAUGAAGAUAUGGAAAAGAAUUUGAGUUACCUCCGUGAGCUGUUGCGAAUAAUGGUCCCACGUUUCUAUAACCACAUGGCUAGUCAGCAGGAUGGCAUGGACCUGCUCUUCUGUCACAGAUGGAUACUCUUGUGCUUCAAGCGUGAGUUCCCCGAAGAUGAGGCCUUGGCAAUGUGGGAAGCUUGCUGGAGUAACUACCAGACGGACUAUUUCCACCUCUUCCUUGUCGUGGCCAUUGUCAGUAUGUACGGCAAUACGUGUGUAGACCAGAAUCUUCGGCCAGACGAGACUCUGCUCUACUUCACUUCCCUGGCCAAUCACAUGGAUGGCCGCAUGGCUCUACAAAAGGCUCGAGGUUUGCUCCACCAGUACAGAAGCAUGAGCCAUCUCCCUUGCACACUGGUUGGCCUUUGUGAGCUGUGUGGGCCGGGCAUGUGGGACUCUGGGCACGUGCCGGUCGUUACUUGCGUGGGACACCCAGACGGACAAGCCAUUGCCCCCUCAACCAGCCAUCCUCUGACACUGAUGGAAACACCUCCUCUACGACAGCAUCCUGACACACCACCAGGAAGGUGCUCCAUCAGUUUGUCAUCUGUAAAUGAGAUGGAAGCUCAAAGGACGGGACGAAAGGAAGGAAGAUGA